AUGGGUCCGCCCGAUGCCAUUCUCGGUGUGACCGAGGCCUUCAAGCGCGACACCGACCCCCGCAAGAUGAACCUGGGUGUGGGCGCCUACCGUACCGACGAGGGCAAGCCCUACGUGCUCAAUGCUGUCAGAAAGGCUGAGCAGUCUCUUUUGGCGCAGAACCUUGACAAGGAGUACCUGCCGAUCACCGGCCUCGCCAAGUUCACCUCGGCCGCUUCCGAGCUGGCAUACGGCGCUGAGAGCCCCGCGCUGAGCCGCCUGGCCAUCACCCAGUCGAUCUCGGGCACGGGUGCCCUGCGCAUUGGCGGCGCGUUCCUGGAGAAGUUCUACAAGACGCAGCCGACCAUCUACCUGCCCACCCCCAGCUGGGGCAACCACGCGGCAAUUUUCCGUGACUGCGGCAUGAAGGUUGGCAAGUACACGUACUUUGAUCCGUCGACCAACGGCCUGAACCUGAGCGGAAUGCUGGAGGACCUCAAGGCUCUGCCCAAGGGGAGCGCGGUUCUGCUGCAUGCGUGUGCGCACAACCCGACUGGCCAGUGGGCGCAGAUCCAGCAGGUCGUCGAGGAGCGCGAGCACCUUGCCUUCUUUGACAUGGCGUACCAGGGCUUCGCCUCGGGCGACGCCGACCGCGACGCCGCCGCCCUGCGCACCUUUGUGAGCUCGGGAAAGGUGCCUGUUGUCCUGUCGCAGUCGUUCGCCAAGAACAUGGGCCUGUACGGUGAGCGCGUCGGAACCUUCUCGGUUGUCGGCGCUGAUGCUGCGGAGAAGGACCGCGUUUUGUCGCAGAUCAAGAUCCUGGUGCGCCCGAUGUACUCGAACCCGCCCAUCAACGGCGCCCGGAUCGCCGCUGAGGUGCUGACCAACCAGGAGCUGCGCCAGGAGUGGCUCGGAGAGGUCAAGUACAUGGCCGACCGCAUCAUCGGUAUGCGCAAGCAGCUGCGCGGCCGUCUGGAGGAGCUCGGGUCGAAGAAGCCGUGGAACCACAUUACUGACCAAAUCGGCAUGUUCUGCUACACGGGUCUCAAGCCCGAGCAGGUCGACCGUCUGGCCCAGGAAUUCCAUGUGUACCUGACCCGCGAUGGCCGCGUGUCGAUGGCUGGCAUCUCGAGCGGCAACGUCAACUAUCUGGCCGAGUCCAUCCAUGCGGUCACCAAGGACUAAGCCAAAGCCUUCUUGUUCCUAUUCCCCAUUUUCACCUUCCCUUUCUUCAACAAAAAGCCCUGUUAGACAGCCGUUUGCAUAUGCGGGGGGAGUGGCUGGCACGGGUACUUGCUGUAGAAGACAGUGCGCUCUGUGGCUCCCUGUGGCUCUAGAAUUGGGAUUGUGGAUCGCUGGAAAGCGAGCCCAGGUUGAUCCCUCUUUUUGCUCAACCAUGAACAUGGUGGACAUUGGAGCAUGUUCACAAUCCCUUUUACGCCUACAAAGACAAAUAUGUAUCGUACAUCCUAUGCAGCAAGGGCGCAUGGCAGGACAAAAGGACGGCUCCCACAGCGUACUUAUUUUUUUUUUGGCGGCCAUCGGUUUGGGCUUUAUCCUUCUUGGGCAUUUUGCACACUCUUGGUCUUUUCGGAUAUAUGCCUCACCCAGCUGGAAUGACUCGGGGACGACAGAGCCCUC